AUGCCGGUGAAGACGCAUCGAGGUCAAUUCGAGAUUUGGAAAAGCGCCAGCGAAAAAACUCCCUCGCAAGCAGGUGAAACACAACAACAAGACCAUCUCAGCGAGGAUACCCCUUAUGAUGAUAGACGUACGCUAAGUGAACAAGCAUCGCAGACUCGCUGCAUGAGACGAAAUGCCGGCCAGCCUCCGCUAAAACUGAUCUCGAAACAUCACGAAUUGCUCGUUUUUUCGAUCGCGCCCCAUUGA